AUGGCGCAAUACUUUGUUCGGAAGGAAACUGCUGGAUCGAUUUUUUACAGAGUUACGGGGCUGUUACGUUCCGGACAGUUGAAAUGGAAAGAGAGACCAUUGUGGUACGACGUGUAUGUAGCUAAUCCGCCAUAUAUUGAACCUUCCGUAGGUGCAUCCUUCCCGAUCAGGAAGUUAUAUUACAAGGAAGAUAUUGCUAUGGCGCGAUUUUAUAAGCAAUUUCGUUCACUGGGAGCCAUUAAUAUCAGUAAUGAAGGGUCGCAAUCACUGUGUAAAAAAUUCACCGACCUCUACAAGACGGUCGAAAAAACGUGGCCUGAACUAAGUGAAAAUGAGCACUACCAGAAAACCUUGAUGAUGCUGAACGAAAAACUCAAUUUAAAAAAGCGGGAAAUAAGCGAAGAGAAGCCUAUCUCGUAA